GUAUUUCAGCAUAUCGGACGACCCGGAGUUUUUGUACGAGCUGCAUCAGCUGAUUCAGCACCUGGUCGUCGGCCUGGCAUCCCGAGCCAAGGACGUGGACUGGGUGCCGUACCUGACGAGGAAGCUGGUGGAAGAUGUGGCGCUGCACCUGCGCAUGUUCCGGCAGGCGCGUACCCGCUUCCGGGAGCAGCUGGACACCAAGCCAGUGGAUCUGGAGUCGAUCUUCUUCGACCUGGAGGCGGGUUUGGAGAAGAAGCGGCUCUGUCGCGAUCUGGUCUGCACGGUCGACACGUACGAGAAGGACUACCUGCGGGACUGUGAGCCGCGUGCUGCUGCACCAGCUGCUGCCGGAGCCGGAGUUCGCCUGCCGCGCCCAGCUGGCCGCCGCUGUCGAGCUGCUCUCGCAGAUGGCGCUGCUGCCGCUCUCGCAGAUGCUGACGGCGCCGGACUUCGUCAACAGGACCGUCGUGUGGCUG